UCUCUCUCUCCUGCAAUGGCUUCUCUCUCCAUUUUCUCCAACACCCCCUCUCACUCUCUCUCCUUCCACUCUUCUUCUCAAAAUCCAUUAAAGAGCUCAAUUCCAUCAACCAGAUCCCAUACUCCAUCUCUCAUUUGCUGCGCUUCCAAGAAGAAAACUAGCUUCACCGAUCAGAUUCUCGACUACAUCGAAGGCGGACCAAAAUUGAGGAAGUGGUAUGGAGCGCCAGAUAUACUCCCAAAAGAUGGAGGUCUCAUAGAUGAAAACGAUGAAUCGCCAGAAGCAGAGGAAGUUCGAGAUGCAAUCUUGGUGAUGGACGGAGAUAGCGAAAUUGGUCAGAUGGUAAUACUGUCAUUGAUUUUAAAACGAGCCCGAGUGAAGGCGCUCGUCAAGGAUAAGCGGGCCGCUGUCGAAGCCUUUGGGACUUACGUCGAGUCGAUGGCUGGAGAUGCGAGCGAUCGGUCCUUCCUCAUGAAGGCUCUGAAAGGCGUCCGUGCAGUGAUAUGCCCUCCAAAUGGAGGAUUCUUAUCAGAUGUCGGGAACAUGAAAGGCGUACAACAUAUCAUUCUUCUUUCUCAGUUGGCUGUUUAUAGAGGCAGCAGUGGCAUCCAAGCUCUCAUGAACAGCAAUGCGAGGAAGCUCGCCGAGAGAGAUGAAGCAGCGGUGAUUGCAUCCGGCAUCCCCUACACCAUCAUCAGAGCUGGCUCAUUGCAAAAUAGCCCCGGCGGCGAGCAAGGUUUCAGCUUUAAAGAGGGAAGCGCAGCACAAGGAAGAGUCAGCAAAGAGGAUGCUGCUCUCAUCUGUGUAGAGGCACUUGAUCCAGUUCCACAGACAGGACUCGUUUUUGAGGUGGUGAAUGGGGAAGAAAAGGUUUCAGACUGGAAAGAACGCUUUGCAUCUCUCAUAAGAAAUGAGCAGCAGUUUCAAUAAUUUCAACGGCUGAACCGAUUUCUAGCUGCUUCUCUGCUGUCCAAAGGCGUGUUUGGAUUCACUACCGAAUCAAAUUGCCAUAAUUUAGUUCAGCAAAGAUGAGCCAACCACUUCCAAGUUUGACGUGGAAUGAACAUAAUUGCAAUUUGGAGAUCUACCCCCAUCAUAUAACCAAGGGCAUGCAAUUCGC